CUCUCACUGACGCAAAGAAGCGUCUUAUACAUAUAUUUACGUACGUGCGUGUGGGUGGGGGGUGUGUGCUAUCAAUCUUCUCAUCAUGUUUUAUUUUCACACAAUUUUCUAUGCUAUUUCUUACAUACUUUAUCCUCAACAUCCGAAAGUAGUUGCUAACGUUAUUUAAAUGCUUUUGUUCUUUCCAACAAAACAAUUGCGGGUGAGCGAAACGGAGACAACGGAAAAAGGGAAAGAAAGACACAAGCGAGAGAGAGAGAGCGCUUCCGCGUGGGUGAAAUAAGCUGCAUAAAUAAAUAAUACAUUUAUAACCACGCUAUCUCGCUCUCCGUGUUCGCCCAUCUCACUCACUUUAGCUCUUUAACUUCGUUUGUACCUGAUCACAGUUUUCACUGUGUUAGUGUCAUUAUUGAUUUUUUUAAUAUCCUUUUUUUCUCGCUCUCUCUCUUUCUCUCUCUGUAAUGGCGAAAUUACUUCUAUUGUUGUUAUUUCCAUUAUCUGAAAUUGGGAGUUAUUUGCUGAAAGAAAUUUCAACACAAAUAAAUGAUGCAUUGUGUUGGCUUUGGAUGUCUGGUCGCUAUUCAACCGUUAUAUAUUCAUAUCUCAAAUGAUUCUGGCUAAAUGACUAUUUAGACUACAAACAAAAACCCAAUAACACACUUCUUAUAGGUUUGCUCAGUACUUAAAGUUAUUAAAAGCAUGGUCAUCUCCGUUAAAACGAUUCGGGAGGAAGUCUUCUUCGGCAGUGACAACUAAUAAAAAAAAACAGCAUGUGAUACUAUCAAUCUUCCUGUGAUACUAAAACCGAGUAGUUUAAGUCUAGUUUAAGCCAUACUCAUUCUCGCAACCAUGCAUCGGUGGUAUACCCGAGAGCAAGGUCCUUCUGCACAUUUGUUUCACAAACACAAAUUUGACUCUAAUUUUCGCUCUGCCAACUAUAAAACCCAACUGUGUAAUGGCGGCGUGUCCCGGUGCUGUAUUCCGUCGUCCAUGCAGCGUAUCAUCGUCCACCGUUGGUCCGGUUCCGAUGUCGUCCAAACGGAAGUCACCCCCGAACAAGCUCUCCAAUGCGGUGACGAUAGAGAAGAACAACUUCAAAAAGAUCUCGCUCAAGAAUGAGGAGUUCCUGAAGUCGUCCCCGGUGAAGGAGCUGAACUGUGCGUUCGAUACGAACUUUAUCGCGAUGCAGAAGAUGAGCGCCGAUCCGAAGUUUCUCAAGCACGACGAUCUGCUGAGCAACCGGCACGAUGAGCAUCUGUUGCCGCUGGAGCACGACUUCCAUUACAAUCUGCCGUUCCUGAACGUGGCGAGCUAUAUCCUGAAGGGUUCCGAUCCGGCCCUGAACAAGACGGAUAACUUUCAGCUGACGAUGAAUCUGGAUAGUUUGAAUAUCUCCAGCGGCAAUCAGGAUGCGACACCACCGUCUCCAGUGUCACCGUCGACAGCAGUGCCGAAGAUGCCCGGUGUGACCAGUGGACCGCGCAAGAUUAACAACAUGAUCCUGAACCAUCUCAAAUCGAUCGUGGACAACUUUGACAGCUUAAACAACAACGUUAACGAUAAGAACAGCUACGGUGGUGCGGCAAACAACUGUCAGAGCGAGGAGCCAGCCGUUCACAUGCCAUCACCAGUUGAGCAGCCCACGGUCCAGCAGUUGAACAACCAGUAUCUCGAAAAGAACAAUCUGGAAUCGUUUCGUACGCGGCUAGACGAGCGCAUCACCAAUCUGCAGCUCAGCAUGAGCGAGAUCUAUUUGAUGCGGCUUAACCUGAGCCUGUUGGACUUCCCGAACGAGAUACCGAGCACACUGCUGAACAACCACAGUCAGCCACAUAACACACCGGACGAUCUACCCAACCGGAACUGCAGUUCGCAAAGCACGCAGAACAACAUCAAGCUUAUCAAAAGAAGCUUCAAGGAGUCACUCUACGAGAAGGAGAAAAACAUCAACCGACUGAUCAUGUACUUUACGAUAUGGCGCGAGAUGCUACUGAAGGCGGAAUUUGGCGAAAACCGCAAGUACAAACAGAACAACAAUUCCAAAAGCAACCUCGACCAACCGUCAUGUUUGCUGUCUGGGGGUAGCACGGCCACUGCCGGUAGCAGCACAUCGACCGGGGACGGUACGGUACGUGUCGGCCCGGGCGGCAAUGGGAUGUCACCGGCCGCCUCCUCCACGGCCUCCGUCCCGUCGGCAACACCGGUGGCAAGUGGGGUCGCAUCACCGAACCGUAGCACCUCGGCCGGCACCACCGUGAUCGACUGUGAUAUAGCAGGGCCGGCCGAGCUGGCAACCGAACCGGACAACUGCAUACGCCGAUACCAAAAUGUAUUUCAAUCGAUUGCUUGCAAGAUGUCGGGCGCGGUUGAGCUGGCCGGCCAGAUGUCACAGCAUUCCGCCGGUGGUCCCCUUUACCAGCCACCAGGGCCCGGUGGAAGUAGUAGUAGUGGUGGUGCUACCAACAGCUCCACCGUUGGUGGUAAUAUGCGUCGCAAUGCUCGCAAACGGCCCCAUCUAAUGCCACCGGAUACGGACCCGGAUCAGCUGAUACUCCCCAAGCAGCCGAUGCUGUCCGCACCGCCAUUAAACUGUACCGGUGCGGGUGUACCCACGGGGCCGGGGGCACUCACGCUGUACGACGAGUACGAGAAGGCGAAGGAGGAUGAAAACCAAAGAUACGCGAAGGAACCGGACGCACCGAUCAACCUGUCCAAGCGGAAACCGUCCCGGGACAGCCCACUCGGACCGGGUGGGCUGGAGCUGACCAAGCUGACCAACGGUACCAAGCUGCCGGGGAUGGUACCAGGCGGCAGCGGAGGAGUCGGCCCAUUCGGACCGGCGGGACUCUUCACCGGGUGCGAUACGGACGAGCUGAACCACCGGCUGGAGCUGAUGUCGGAUAAGGUUGGGCUGUUGCCACCGACGGCUGUUGCACUGCUGGAGAAGGAAUCCGACAAGUAUUUCCUCAAGUCGAAGCGUGACCGGCUCGAGCUAGAGGCGAACCACCUAUUCGACUAUCCCGGACCCGGCCCGGACGGGUUGCACAAGCAUGCCAAGCUGAACCUUUACCACCAGUCGCCGAGUCCGCACCACGGCAGCCCGGACGAGAAGCAGGGUGGAUUGGGACUGGGCGAGUCGGCCUACCCACUUGCGCAGCAGUUCUUCAUCAAGGCGGCCGAUGCAGGGCCCCACGGUGGGCCUGGCGGAGUCGGUGGACCGGGCCUGUCACCGUUCAACAGUAACGCGAUGAUCGACAACAUGAACCGCCAUCUGAUCCAGCGCCAGCAAACGAUCGCUGCCGUUAGUGGUGGUGCUGGAGGCGGCGGCGGCGGCGGCGGAAGCGGUGGUGGCGGCAGUGGAAAGAAGGAUAAGGGCAUGACGCUCGGUGGGAUGGAUCUAGGGCCGGAUAUCGGUACCGGCCGGAGCCGUUCGUCCAGCACCGAGAAAAACCACAUCAAGCGACCGAUGAACGCGUUCAUGGUGUGGGCGAAGGAUGAGCGGCGCAAGAUACUGAAGGCCUGCCCGGACAUGCACAAUUCCAACAUCUCCAAAAUACUAGGCGCCCGGUGGAAGGCGAUGACAAACCUCGAGAAGCAACCGUACUACGAGGAGCAGGCGAAGCUGUCCAAGCAGCACAUGGAGAAACAUCCGGACUAUCGGUACCGUCCACGUCCGAAGCGUACCUGCAUCAUCGACGGCAAGAAGAUGCGCAUCUCCGAGUACAAGUGUCUGAUGAAGAACCGGCGGCAGGAGAUACGGCAGUUCUGGACGCGUGACUACGACAGCGGCACCGACCAGAAGUGUCCGCUCAAGGACGCCGGCAAGGUGAUUAAGAACGAGGCCAUGUAAAAUUCCACCGGAACUCCCGACCCGACCGACCACGUCAUCUUUUUCCCGUUUUCGAACACCCAUAAUACUUAACUAAUAAUACUUAACUAACCUUGACACUGUGUACUCUCUGUAUUCCGAGUGUAGAUGUUAAUGCUUGCCGAGGUUCACGCAAGGUGACG